UGCGCAGCAGAUGACUACCCAUUUGACGACGUGUACCCGGUGUGUACAAGUAGUUGGGUACUUUGAUCGUUCCUCGGAAUCAAUUUGCCAUAAAACCUGCAAAAGCCUUAAGACAGCUCGAUCAUGGGAGGAUCGCAGAGUGUGGAGAUACCGGGAGGUGGCUCCGAGGGCUACCACGUCCUCCGGGUUCAGGAGAACUCCCCAGGUCACCGAGCAGGACUGGAACCUUUUUUUGACUUCAUUGUCUCCAUCAAUAACACCAGACUGAACAAGGACAACGACACCUUGAAGGACCUUCUGAAAGCCAGCGUGGAGAAACCAGUCAAGAUGUUGGUCUACUCUUCAAAGACCCUGGAGCUGCGCGAGUCCACCGUCACACCCAGCAACCUGUGGGGGGGUCAGGGCUUACUCGGCGUCUCCAUUCGCUUCUGCAGCUUUGAAGGAGCCAACGAGAACGUUUGGCAUGUUCUUGAAGUGGAGCCAAAUUCGCCCGCGGCCCUCGCCGGUUUGAGACCACACACCGACUACAUCAUUGGAGCUGACACUGUCAUGAACGAGGUGCGCGAUCGCGACAGGAUUUCCAGACGUGUCGCUCUCGCACGCUGUCGUGAUGGGUCCUCCGAUCGUGACGACCGCGUCUUUUUCCUGCAGUCCGAGGACUUGUUCUCCUUGAUCGAGAGCCACGAGGGGAAGGGCCUGAAGCUCUACGUGUACAACACAGACACAGACAACUGCAGGGAGGUGGUCAUCACACCCAACGGCGCCUGGGGAGGAGAGGGAAGCCUCGGAUGCGGGAUUGGCUACGGAUACCUGCAUCGGAUUCCCACGCGACCUUUUGAGGAAGGGAAGAAGAUCUGCUUCCCGGGGAAUGCUUCUGGGGAGCCGGGCAGUCCGUUAAAGGACGGAUUCACUGAGGUCCAGUUGUCGGCCGUGACCCCGCCUCCUACCGCCCCCACACUUCCCUCUGGCCUUGAAGACUCGCUGUCGGGCCUUUCAAUCAGUACAGCCCCUCCCACCAUGCCGAGCGAACUGCAGACGGGUUUGCCCACAAUCCCUCUGCUCCCCUCCUCCAAUCCGUCCCUCAGUCCCCUCACUCCCCUCACUCCUCUCAAUCCUGCCACGGCCAGCUUCAACCCCGCCACCACGUUACCAGGCUUGAUGCCCCUUCCGGGUGGCUUACCCCCGCUGCCCAACCUUCCCAAUCUCAACUUGUCGCUCCCGGACCUCGGCGCCAUCUCACUAGCGGGCACCAGUACCUUAAUGCCAGGCGGAAGCACAGUCACCCCGCUGAAUAUACCUGGCCUGGCACCUCUGCCCCCUUUGCCCGCCAUGCUGCCAUCCCAGCUGACUCCUCUCCUGCCACAGGGCGUUGCCCCCAUUCUGCCCACUUCCACCGCCCCUCCGGCCUCUGUCGGCGACAUCACAAACGCCACGGAACUGCAGCCUUCUGCGGAGACGACGCUUACCUCCUCGUAACCUGGGAAUGUAUCUCUCGCAACCAUCAAACCAAAACACCCACGGCUUUUCUUUCCUCUCAUCUCUUUAGUUUUCUAUUUAUUUAGCCGAGAGGGACAGGUUGCACCCAGUCAGAGAUUCCAAGUGUGAGUGAGGUUUAUGAAAAACAUGUCUUCAUAAACGGAUUGUUAUAUUGCAGUGGUGGACCGGGCCGCACUGCAGCUUGCCUUCAAUCACACUUCACUUUGCGAUUUACUUCUGCGUGUUUCUUUAUUUGCCCUUCUGCGGUGUCAUUUCUUCCGUUUGAGAAUGUUCAGUGUUCCGGUAUUGACUGAAAUAGUCAUUCAUUCCCUUUUUAUAUACUGUAUGAGUAAACAAACCGUUUAUAAUCAUUCAUCAUGCGGUCUAAGAGAGGAAAAAAAAAGAAACCGUACUGUUGUACUAAUCUUGGUACAGUCAUUGUAUAAAGUGAAUUCCGUAUAUAAAAUGGUGAAUAAUUAAGAGUCUGUCUAACCUUGUAUUCCUGGCAUUUAGCAGUGCAUCACAAAGUAGAAUACAGCAUUAUGAAAAACUAUUUCUGUAGUUCAGUUCAAAAAGUGAACAUUUUCUUUUGUGAAAUUACAAUAUAGAAUCAUCGAAACGAUUUUAAUAUUUAAAAUAGGCUGAGUAUUUUUAAUGAAUCUACAUCAACACUACAAAUAUGCAAGUUUCAAUGUUUGAAUUGAACUACUGAAAGAAAUGAAGGUUGAUGUGAUACUCUUAAUUUGAGAUGUGCCGGUACUUUUCGAUCAGUUUGCUAUGUUACCAUUACCCCGCUUUAUUUUCUUUGAAAUGACUAAUAUAGCCAGACACACACGAUAAACCCAACAAAAAGGAGGCAGGCUGAAAAGUCACAUCUCACUCACUUCAUGUACCGACGUCGUGUGGUCAGUCGCUUGCUGGGGACGACGGGGAGUUCAGCUCUUUCCAAUUUCCUUUGAGACCAUCGUUCCAUUGAGUUCGAAGUUACGCAGAACAGCCACAAGAUGUCACUGUAAACAAACUUGACAAAGAUCUGCGGUGUGCAAAAUGCAAGCAAUAAAGCCAAACCAAUUUUA